ACACUAGCUAGGCGGCCAAGAAGCAAGUUGAUUUACAAUCAAGUACAAUAACGUGCAUCUAUAUAAGAAGCUCAAAUAUAAGAUCAAAAUACUCAAUAAUGGCUACCAUUAACACAUCUCCACCAAUGGCUACUACUACAGUGCUUCUUUUGGGAUUAUUCGUAGUUGCAAUUAAUCUUAGCAUUUCAGGUGCACAAUCAGUGGGUGUUUGUUAUGGAAUGAUGGGGAACAAUCUACCAUCAAAACAAGAAGUUGUAGCUCUAUACAAGGCAAACAACAUCAACAGAAUGAGACUUUAUGAUCCAAACCAUGAAGCUCUAAAUGCUCUAAGAGGCUCAAACAUAGAAGUCAUACUUGGACUUCCAAACUCAGAUCUCCAAAAGCUUGCAGACCCUUCUCAGGCAGCCUCAUGGGUCAAAGAAAAUGUGGUGAAUUUCUGGCCAAGUGUGAGAUUCAGGUACAUUGCAGUUGGAAAUGAAGUGAGUCCCAUCAGUGGAGGCACAGCUUGGCUUGCUCAGUUUGUUCUACCAGCUUUGGUGAAUGUGUUCAAUGCAGUUAGAUCAGCUGGUCUCCAUGAACAAAUCAAGGUCUCCACAGCCAUUGACACAACACUAAUAGGGAAGUCUUUUCCACCAACUGAAGGUGCUUUUAGAGGUGACAUUAGAGCGUUUAUUGACCCAAUUAUUGGUCACUUAGUGUGGGCUAAAACACCCCUUUUGGCUAAUAUAUAUCCCUAUUUUAGCCAUAAGGACAACCCUGGUUCUGUCUCACUCCAAUAUGCCUUGUUCACUUCACCAAAUGUGGUUGUGUGGGACAAGGGAUUGGGAUACCAAAACCUAUUUGAUGCAAUAUUGGAUGCAUUGUACUCUUCUCUUGAGGGGGCUUGGGGUGGUUCAUUGGAUGUUGUGGUGUCCGAAAGUGGUUGGCCCUCGGCCGGCGGUUUCGCCACCUCGGAUGAGAAUGCAAGGACUUACCUCUCAAAUCUUAUUAGACAUGUCAAGAAAGGUACCCCAAAGAGGCCUAACAAACCUAUUGAGACUUAUAUUUUUGCUAUGUUUAAUGAGAACAACAAGAAUCCAGAGUAUGAGAAGCACUUUGGGGUGUUUUUCCCUGACAAAAGGCCAAAAUACAACCUCAAUUUUGGUGGAGAAAGAAUAUGGGAUUUUUCAGCUGACCAUAAUGCUACACUACCUCUUGCAAGUGACAUGUAAAAGUUAUAUAUAAAUAUAAGAGAGAAGAAUGAAGAGUGUGUUCUUGUUCAAUAAUAGAGUCUACAAUGCUUUGCUUUCUCACCAUAGGAAAGCAUAGCAUGUGAGAUUGAGAGUACAAGAUUUCAUGACAUCUUAUGUUUAUGUAUUUUCUUUGAAGUUAUGAAGAAAAAAAAUGUUGUGUUCUUACCUUAUA